GUGGAGAUUCAGCUGCUGCAACUGAAGAAGGAGCGCAUCAUAGAUUUCUUUUUAUAAAUCAUAUGUUAACGUAUUCAAUGAACAUGCGAAAGUUGAUGCCGAUAUGUAUUGAAAUAGACAUAUUUGUCUUCUUAUUAAGUAAUCAAACAAAUUGCAAAUAGUCUAAUUGUAAAACAAACUUGUGACAUCAUAUGCAUUACAUAGUUGAUUAGCCUACUGACCGACACAUUAAAUAUUGAUAAUUUUAUUUCGAGUACAUAUUCUGUGAGUUUUAGAACUUCAAUUUUAAAUUAAUGUUUCAGAAUUUGAUUUCAUGUGAAAAUUGCAUAUGUAUAUUUAAGUUAAAGCCUGUAUCUAUUGUGAAUGGUACUCUAUUUAUAAUUCUGAACUGCAUCACAUGUGGACAUGUCUAAAACUAAUUUGACAGUGAAAGAAUCGGAAUUGAACAUUAGUUCCAUGUUGGAGAGAUUGUUAUUCAUGGGAUCAUCCUUAUUGGAAGUGAACAGGUGGGUAGUUGUGAUACUGUUUUCAUUGAGCUUCAUCUAUCUUUGGAAGAGGAGAAGUAAAACUAACUACCCACUUGGACCAAGGAAACUCCCUUUUGUUGGGUCCAUUGAUUACUUCAGAUCAAAAUCGCAUCUAAGAUUGACAAAUCUAAAGGACCGGUAUGGUGAUAUAUACAGUAUCAAGACAGGCAAUUACAACACAAUAGUUGUUUGUAGUCUAGGAGGAAUAUUGGAGGGUCUUUCAGCUGGCCAAGAGCUUUUUUCUGGAAGGCCAGACUUCAAAUCAAAUGACUUAUUAUAUUUAGGAAACCGCCAAAGAGGGAUAGCAACAGCAGAUCUGGGUUCAAAAACGAAAGUGAAGCGUCAAUUUGUUCAGGACAGCAUGGAUAGCUAUUGCUGCGCAGCAGAUAAUUGUGUUGAACAGAAAAUAACAGACGAAAUUAUGAGUCUUAUUUGUUACUUUCUUCAACAAUCUGAUCAGAUCAAAGAAUUUGACCCAGCAGAAUGUUUUAAAUUUGCUCAUCUUCACAUCAUGUUAAAACUUGUGUUUGAUGAACCGUACAGUCCAGAUGAUGACACCGUGGAUGAGAUGUUUGAUUGCUUAGACUUGAGAUUCUCUGCAGAAAAAAGAAAACUUAGCGAUUAUUUUCCUAUCCUUGCAACAUUUAGUGAUGAUGAGUUUAAAGAAAUGGGCGAAAAAAGCCUGAAUUUAUUGAAGCAUCUCCGUCAUUACUUAAACAAGCACAAGGACACGUAUCAUCCCAGUAUCAUACGAGAUACUGUGGACCAACUCCUGUUAUUUCUGGAAAAUGAUGAAGAUAAUGGUGAAAUUGAGACUGAGGAUAUUGAUUAUCUUCUCCUGACUUUAAUGAGUUCAGGGUUUGGGGCAGUUCCAGCUCUGCUGACUUGGUUGUUAGGAUAUAUGGUGGCCUUUCCAGAGAUCCAAAUAAAAGUACAGAAAGAAUUGGAUGAGGUUGUUGGGAGAAAGCGUUUCCCUAAUUUAUCUGAUCAGCCAUAUUUACCCUACACAACAGCUGUGAUAAUGGAGGUACAACGAAUUGUAACCCUAUUUCCUUUCCUGUUACCUCACAGAACCAUGGACAGUUGCAUAUUCCAGGGGUAUGACAUCCCAAAGGAUACACUGAUGCUGUUUAAUGUCUGGAGUGUACACCAUGACAACAGAUAUUGGAGAAACCCCGUACGGUUUGACCCCAACAGGUUUUUAAAUGACAGUGGAGCAUUGUCAAUCCCUGAUUUCUAUCUGCCUUAUGGGACUGGUGAGCGACGGUGUCCGGGGGAAAGUCUCGUUGACGUGGAAGCUUUCCUGUUUUUUACGCACCUCCUACACCAGCUGACAUUUACACGUGGAUCCCAGAUCCCAAAUCUGGAGGGAGAAUACAAUUAUGUCAUUAGUCCUAAGCCUUUUAAAAUCACACUCGAAACCAGGGAUUAAAAAUACAUGUUAUGCUAUUUAUGUUGACCGAACACAUUCAAGGUCUUGUUCUUCAAAGACUUCAAGUUGUCAGUUAAUUGAGUCAGUAACAAACAUUUUGAAAUAGGAUAUUUCAGAAACAUCAUGGAAAAAUCUCAAACUUUUGUGUUUCUUUACUCGAGAUAAGCUUUUGGAAUGCCUAUGCAUACAUAUGCAUACAUUUGGCUCUGUUUGAUUAUUUUUGGAAAUAUAUUUGAUAUUUUAAUUAUUUGAGUAGACUUUUUGUAAAGUUAACCAUGUUUAAACACUGGACCAUGUUGUGUUUUAUAUUAGUGUGAAUUGUAAUUAGUGACCCACCAGACACCCACCUUGUAGUAAGUCUGAAGAAUUUCAGAGCUUAUCUUUUUGAAUGAAUUGUUGUCAUAAUAUUUUUUUCUAUUUUCACACCAAAUUCCCCAAAAGCUUUUGGUAAUUUUUGUAUGCAGCCAUAAAAAUAAAAUAGAUUUGAAAUGCACCCCCAAUGAUAUUAGACAUUGCAUUACACAUUGAUUCUGACAUUGCAUGACAAUGGUUUGACAUCAUAACGGGCAUGCAUGGCAUAACACUAGUACAUGUCAUUUUUGUACACAUGCGUUAGCAUACUACGAAAAUUGCUUAACGUAGAAUUGCACAUUUGACACUAGCGACAUCUAUUUCCUUAAAUGGAGUCCCUCUCCUUAUAAGGAAUCUGAUAUCUUUAUAUGGAAUCCCAUUCAUUAUUUUUAUUAUUUAUAUGCAAAUCCUUUUGCUGCGACACAUAGCGGUUUCUGAUAACAUUUCAUUCACAAAAUAAUGACACCAUUUUUUGGUUAACCAACGAAUAGAAGCGAAUGGUUUCCUCUGACCCGCUUACUGUAGUUAUCGUUGUGUCUGCUGGUGAGUGUUGAGUUAAAAGUUUUGUGCAAUAUGUAUAUAUAGCUGACAUAGAAAUAUACUCUGUUACAUACCCUUUUGUAACUCUUUUCAUUGGGACAACUUUAUAUAAAACAAGGCUACCAAGAAGCAGUACAUAAUAUGCCUGGCAUGUACCAAGUAAACAGUUGUUUGUAGGAUUGAAACAUAUAACACAUUUAGAGGUUUUUGAACAGAUGUUAAAGGAGAAAUCGUUUUUGACUACUGGUAGAUGAAUAGGUGGAAUACUUUGUUAUGGAACACAUCAGGAAUAUGGCACCAAGAGGAAUGAUACUUCGUAAAUUGUCAUUAUAUAAGCAAAUCCCAUAAAACCCGCUAGGUUUUAUGGUAGAUUUGCCA